ACGGCCUAUCACUAGCGCCACCUAGCAAGUAGUAAGAAAACUGCAGUAAUCUAGACCGAACCAAAACCAAAAUGGCUGCUCUCUGGCGCUGUGCGACCGGACCUAGGCUGUUCCGAAUCCCCGCCAACAGCGAAGGAAAGAGUCGUCCGUAUGAAGCCAACACAGCUGAAGUUCUGGGAGACAGGAUCAUACAAUGGGCAUCCUUCAUGUGGUCUCUGUCCUGUUGGACUUCUCCCAUCCUCGUCACCUACCUGUACCGGAAAGGGUAUUUCACCAUAGAAGGCAUGAACAGUGGACUCCGUAUGGCCAUGGCUACAGCUGUCAUACUGUCAGGGGCGUUUUGGCUAAGAGGCAUCGGGAGAUGGGCUAACCCUGACUACUGUACCUUCAUCGCCAUCCUGACUGCAGCUCGACAGGUCUUCUCUGUAGAAAAUAAGGUGAGGCUGGCCAGGUAUGACUUUGACUUCUGGGCGUGGCCGGUCAACUACAGCUGGACGCAGGUGGCCAACAGGGAUGUCCCGAUGAAGAGGCUCCAGCCCAGGUCCAAGGCCCGCGGCGUGGCAGACAAGGUGUGGGGACUGCCCUGUGAUGUGGCCAGCUACCUGAUGGUGCACACAUUUGGACGGCGUAUGAUUUACCCUGGCACAGUGGGGCUGCUGCAGAAGGCUAUGGCUCCAAUGCUUCAGGAGGGUCGAAAGAAACUGGUGGAAAAGUAUGACGGAGAGCGUGCAAAACUGCUGGCUCAGGACGGAAACGAAAUCGACACCAUGUUUGUGGACAGGAGGUCAACAGGAGAGGAGAAGGGCAGGAAACUGGUCAUCACCAGUGAGGGAAAUGCGGGGUUCUAUGAAGUUGGGUGCAUGUGUACACCACUGGAUGCUGGUUACUCUGUGCUGGGCUGGAACCACCCUGGCUUUGGUGGCAGCACGGGUAUCCCAAUGCCGGAGAAUGAGGGGAAUGCGAUCGACGUUGUGCUGCAGUAUGCCGUGCAUCAGCUAGGGUUCUCUCCCGACAACAUCAUCAUCUUCGCAUGGUCCAUCGGCGGAUACCCAGCAUCCUUUGCAGCCAUGAACCACCCCACCGUCAGCGGGGUCAUUCUGGAUGCGACCUUUGAUGACCUUUUGCCCUUGGCAAUAUCAAGGAUGCCAGAGAGCUUACGAGGUAUGGUGAUCCGAAGUGUCAACACAUACUUCAACCUGGACAUAGCUGCACAGCUCAACAGGUACCCAGGUCCUGUGAUGCUGGUCAGGAGAACCAGAGAUGAGAUGAUCACAACAAUUGACCCUGAUGCUAUAGAAUCUAACAGGGGCAACGACCUGCUGGUCAAACUGCUGCAGUUCAGAUACCCUAAGCUGAUCACAGAGUCCACCAUCACCAUGCUCCGGGAGUGGCUCUCAGCACCCACCCCCACAGUGCAAGCUGCUGUGUAUAACCAGUACUCGGUAGAUGAGCAGCUCUGCACGUCCCUGCUGAAGUCCUGGGUGGAGGAAAACUCCGCUAACUUCCCCUGUCUGAUCGGCGACCAACUCAGCUCUGAAGAGAAGACUCAGCUAGUGCUCUUUUUGGCUUCCAAACACAUGAUAAACUAUGAGUCCACCCACUGCACCCCUCUGCCAGUGAGCCACUUCCGCCUGCCCUGGUCGCUAGCUGCACUCCGCGGAUAAUCAUGGGCACUCCGUGGAGAACAGUUUUAUAGACCCUUGUUCUAUAAUGAUGAUUUUGACAAUGAGACAUUUUGUAACUAUACACUGUUUUGUGUGUUGAUUUGUAAAGAAAAUAUGAAAGUAUGGCAGGGCACUUAACAUUA